AUGAGCGCAUCUAGAUGCGUUCAAGGUCCUAUUUACAUCAGACUGAAUGUUGAGUGUUUGAAAGAAAGACUUAGUGAUUUAGCCGAAACGGAUCAGAUUGUCAAAUUAAGUAUAUUUCAAGAACUUAUAUUAAAACGUUAUGGUUUUAUUUUAAAUGCUUGUGUUUGUAACAAAAGCGAUAGUAUUUAUUGCGUUCAUAUUUCUGGUGGCAUGCUUGUAUAUAUAAUUAGUGAUGUAUAUAACGUACAUAAAAUUCCAUCGCGAUUGGUCAGUAUAGCGGAAACAGUUCCAGAUGAUACAAACAAAAAACUGGAUAUUGGUUUUUAUUGGUGUUGGAAUUUUUGUUUGGGUAAACGAUGGCGAACAACGAGUACCGGUGAUGAACGAUAUCAGGAUACCAUGUUAGCUGAUUUUCGGUCAUUUUGUCGAAAUGAGAACAAUAGAAUGGUGCUAUUUUGGGAUGAAGCAUGUGAAAGAGCAGCACAACUUAAAGCUACUGAAAGUAGUCCCUAG